GUAACUGUUGACUGUUGGGUUUGACUACACGUGUGCAUCAGAUAUUUCUCCCUCCUUCUCAAGUGAGUACUGUAAUGGAUAAUAAUGAAAUGAUACCAUUAAGACUGAAUCAGAUCUUUAUUCCUUCAGAGUUCCCAGCUCCCAAGAACGAGCUGGUCCAGCGCUUCCAGGUGCGGUACUUGGGUCGUGUGCCAGUGACAAAGCCAGCUGGCGUGGAUGUGAUUAAUGUAGCAUUGGAGAAUGCUCUUAACGGCAAAGACAAGGAGGAUUGGACACCUGUGACUGUGAACGUGGCGUCCGCUACACUCACUAUUCUGAAUUCUGAGACGGAGGAAGUUCUUUCUGAAUGUCGUGUGCGUUUCCUGUCAUUUAUGGGAGUUGGGAAGGAUGUGCACACGUUUGCAUUCAUAAUGGCAGAGGGACCUGGAGACUUUAUAUGUCACAUGUUCUGGUGUGAUCCAAACGCUGCAAGUCUAAGUGAGGCUGUACAGGCCGCCUGUAUGGUGAGUAAGGACGAGUUUGAUCUACAUGAUCAAAUCAAAUCAGUCAUAUAGCACAAAUAAAAACAACAGUAGAUGACCAUUGUGCUGAACAAAAAAGACAAAGGAUAAAAAUCUAAAAAAAGAGAGUAAAAAAAACUACAAAGCAAUCAUAAAGUUUACAUCAAGAUCAGAAAAUUCAACUUUAAAAAUCAAAAGAAGUUGUAAACCUGAGAGAAAAGGUAAGUUUUGAACUUAGAUUUAAAUUCAGACUCUCUGGAGAUUAAUCUCAAGGAUAAACAAAAUAAAAGCUCGGACACCCCUCGACUUGAGUCUAGGGGCCUCAUUUAUAAAAUGUUGC